CACAGACACACGCAAAAACAUUUCUCCCCCCUCCCGACUGCUACUGCCGCUGCCUCCUCCCCCUUUCCGCCCGCCUUCGCUCCCUCCCAACCCCCUUCCUCCUCCGUCUAGGGUUUCCCGCCGCCGCCUGAUCCGAGUCAGAUGCCGCCCGCAACAGCCAUGGCGCCGCCGUCCCAGCCCCCGUCUAACUCAGGGGAUCCGCUGUACCCGGAGCUCUGGCGCGCCUGCGCCGGCCCGCUCGUCACCGUCCCCCGCGUCGGCGACCUCGUCUUCUACUUCCCCCAGGGGCACAUCGAGCAGGUGGAGGCGUCCAUGAACCAGGUCGCCGGGAACCAGAUGCGCCUCUACGAUCUGCCCCCCAAGCUGCUCUGCCGCGUGCUCAACGUCGAGCUCAAGGCGGAGACGGACACCGACGAGGUCUACGCGCAGAUCAUGCUCAUGCCGGAGCCCGAGCAAACCGAUGUGCCGGCUGAGAAGCCGAGUUCUGCACCUGCUGCGUCGCCGAGGCCAGCAGUCAGGUCCUUCUGCAAGACGCUCACCGCCUCGGACACCAGCACACACGGUGGCUUCUCUGUGCUGCGCCGACACGCUGACGAGUGCCUCCCUCCCCUGGAUAUGACCCAGUCGCCUCCCACACAGGAGCUGGUGGCGAAGGAUCUGCAUGGCAUGGAGUGGCGCUUCCGCCACAUCUUUAGAGGGCAGCCAAGGAGGCAUCUCCUUCAGAGUGGUUGGAGUGUUUUUGUUAGUUCUAAAAGGCUUGUUGCUGGUGAUGCCUUCAUUUUCCUCAGAGGAGAAAAUGGUGAACUUCGAGUUGGUGUUAGGCGGGCAAUGAGGCAAUUGUCUAAUGUACCUUCUUCAGUCAUAUCUAGCCAAAGCAUGCACCUCGGAGUCCUUGCGACUGCAUGGCACGCCAUUAACACGAAGUCCAUGUUCACUGUCUACUACAAGCCUAGGACGAGCCCUUCAGAGUUCAUCAUACCGUACGAUCAAUAUAUGGAGUCGGUAAAAAAUAAUUAUUCUAUUGGCAUGAGAUUCAGGAUGAGGUUUGAAGGAGAAGAGGCGCCAGAGCAGAGGUUUACUGGUACAAUAGUUGGUUGUGAAAAUCUUGACCCACUAUGGCCUGAUUCCAGUUGGAGAUACUUGAAGGUGCGUUGGGAUGAGCCUUCUACUAUCCCGCGGCCAGAUAGGGUCUCUCCUUGGAAGAUAGAGCCUGCUUCAUCGCCUCCUGUUAAUCCACUCGUGCAUUCUUCUAGAGCAAAAAGACCUAGACAAAACGUUCCUCCACCUUCACUUGAAUCAUCUGUUCUCACAAAAGAAGGUGCAACCAAGGUCGAAAUCGAUUCAGCUCAAACACAACACCAAAAUUCGGUCUUGCAAGGUCAGGAGCAGAUGACCUUGAGGAACAACCUGACUGAAAGCGCUGAUUCUGAUUCCACUGUUCAGAAGCCGAUGAUGUGGUCCCCAUCACUCAAUGGGAAAGCCCACACUCAUUUUCAGCAGAGACCUGCUAUGGAUAAUUGGAUGCCAUUGGGAAGGCGUGAAAAUGACUUCAAGGACACCCGUUCUGCCUUCAAGGAUGCCCGCACCGCCUCUCAAUCAUUUGGAGAUACACAGGGUUUUUUUGUGCAAGCUUAUGAUGACAAUCAUCACCGUCUCUCUUUCAAAAAUCAGGGUUCAACUCAUCGCUUCGCAGAUCCGUACUUCUAUAUGCCUCAACAAUCGUCAGUGACGGUUGAAUCAAGCACAAGGACACAAACAGCAAACAAUGACUUGUGUUUCUGGGGUGACCAGAAUGCUAUGUACGGCAAUCCAAGUGACCAACAACAGGGUUUCAACUUUGGACAAAACCCAUCAAGUUGGUUGAACCAGCCAUUUCCCCAGGUUGAACAGCCACGAGUGGUCAGGCCUCAUGCAACGGUUGCUCCAUUUGAUCUGGAGAAGACUAGAGAAGGAAGUGGCUUCAAGAUUUUUGGGUUCCAAGUUGAUACAACCAGUCCAUCUCCUGUCCAAUUGAGCUCUCCAUUGCCCGCUAUCCAGGAGCAUGUGUUACAAACUCGACCAUCGGCACCGGUGAAUGAAUUGCAACCUGUGCAAAUUGAGUGCUUGCCUGAGGGAUCUGUAAGCACAGCUGGAACUGCAACGGAGAACAUUCAGCAAGCCCCGCAGAGUUCAAAAGAUAUCCAAAGCAAGUCCCAGGGUGCUUCAACAAGGAGCUGUACAAAGGUUCAUAAGCAAGGAGUCGCACUUGGCAGGUCGGUGGACCUCUCUAAAUUCACCGACUACGGCGAACUCCAAGCAGAGCUGGACAAGAUGUUUGACUUCGAGGGUGAAUUGGUAUCUGGCAGCCAAAACUGGCAGAUCGUCUAUACCGACGACGAGGGCGAUAUGAUGCUUGUGGGAGACGACCCGUGGGAAGAGUUCUGCAGCAUAGUGCGCAAGAUCUACAUCUACACGAAGGAGGAGGUCCAGAAGAUGAACUCGAAAUCAGCUGCGCCAAGGAAGGAGGAAUCUCCGGCAGCGGGCGGCGGAGGAGGUUGCGCCGCCGCCACAAACGAGUAGUAUGGUGGUUUGCUCUUGGUGGCAAGUUGAGGCCAAGGUUUUACUACUGCUAUUGUUAUUGCUGAUUUGCUCUCCCCGCCUUCCGGUGUAAAUAUCUGUGUGUACCCAGUCCCGGCCUUGUGCUAGUAAGUAGCAAGCAGUGUUACCUUUUGGUAUUUUAACCAGCAGCUAAGUUCGCGGCAUUUUAGUCCCUGUAAGCGGUAAGCAGCUCUGUAGCGUGAGAUAGAUGGCCAAGCGCCGGUACGUACGUGUAGUGUCUGGUCUUCUCACUGAGUGUACUAUAAAGAGUUAAUAUAGGAGCUGACCCUGUG